AAUCCCUCAUUUGACCUCUGCUCUUGUUAUGGUUCUCGCCCCGCCCACAACACGCCAGGACACCGAUGAUUGGCUCUUUCCCCACGCCGGAUGUAGACUAGAAACGUCCGGUGUGGGUUCAGAGGCUUCGAAGGCGGCCUGGUGAGGACGCAGAGUUUUUUCAGAAGCAAGAAACCUCAGGAUCUGUUUGGGGCCUCUGUUCCCCAUAUUUCCAUUGUAACUGAAGGGUUGAAAAACACUAUUGUUGUGAAGAAUGGCAACCAAGGUGCAAGAGCAGGGCCUGAAUGCCUCUUGCUCUGAUCCUGUGGAGGAACGGGAUGCAGGUAGCAGCAUUGUGGCUGAGCAUCAGGACUUGGCUAGAGAUGAGCCUGAGGCAGUGGGUGAAUGUUCAGGAGCUGACCAUUCAGAGAUGCCACCCCAGCCUCCAGCUCAGUGUCUGGCCACAAGCUUGCAGGUUAAACAAGAAGAGGAACCAAAGACUGAUCCCUCCCAGGUGCCUCCUCCUGCAAAGGCAGCAGCACCAGUUCCGGUGCCGCCAGUGGGAGAAGGGAAAGGAGCAAAGCGGAUGAUGGAGGAUGAUGGUGACAUCUUUAAGGAAAUGCCUGACGUCUGUCAAGAUGCUAGGGAGUCAAGAAGGGGUAUGCUCUUGCCAGAUCUCUUUGGGGAAGCUCAUCAGGCUCACAGCAGCCAAAGUGGAGGAUGUGCCAAAGUGGAGCAAGCUGUUCCUUGUCUCCCCAACAUGGGCUCUGAAAAUCAGCGUAAACGCUUCCGGGGAUUUGCAUACAAAGAGACUGAAGGGCCACAAGUGGCUUAUGAGCGACUCCAGGAGCUCUUGUUCCAGUGGCUGAAGCCAGAGGCCCGCAGCAAGGAAGAGAUUGUGGAGCAGCUGGUCCUUGAGCAAUUCCUGAGCCUCCUCCCUGAGGAUGUCCAGCGCUGGGUUCGGGAACGCCACCCAGAAAAUGGAGACGAGGCUGUGGCCCUGGCAGAAGACUAUCAGUUUCUGCAUCCUGAACCUGGAAGACGACCCUACCCAGAGAGGACAAGGCAGCGGUCUUCAGCCAGGAGUUGGCUCCGCUGAAGUUCAUUGAGCAAGCAGGCAGGACUCAUUAUCAACCUGAGAGCAUCAAAGACCUAGUUAUUUAUCAAGGUGGAGAGGAACCAGAUGGACAGCAAGAAUCAGAAACGACAGCAAACUUCUGUUAAGCAUGAAGAACCAACUUACAUGAUUUUUCCCUGCAGGAGGUGGAUUAUUUGGAGGGAGGCCUACACCUCAUCUCAACAGGCGUGUGUGUGUGUGUGUGUGUGUGUGUGAACAUUUACUUACGUGGGUGAGUGAGGACUAACAAAGCCAUGCUUAGUCUUUACUGCAUUCCACAAAAUGCCCUGUGCACCAUCAGCACAAGAAUAAAGUGUGUGUUUAUGUGUGUGUGAGAGAGAGAAUGCUUGAGGUGGAUGUUCAGGUGUGAGAAAGGGUUAUGUACCCACAAACAUUUUGAUAGGAUGCAAAACGAGAAAACCUUCUGAAGAAGGAGACAAAUGCAUUCUAGUUUAGCAGAGCUUAAAAAGUUGUUUUUGGACUGCAACACUUUAAAAUAAUUCUGCCAUCUGUAGUGCAAAUAAAUAAAUAAAAAUAACAUUUCCCAAACUCUGACACAUCUGGGCUAGUUUUCUGUAUAUCUCUAUGGUAACAAAACUGGGUUUUUUUCUUUGCACCUCCCGUCAGGUUUUGUGUGUGUAUCUUGAUUGCCAACAUAUUUAGUAUCUUACCCCUUCCACCAUUUCUUUUGUAUUCAGAGGAAUUCUUCAGACUUUGGAGAUAGUGGUUUGUCCUGCCUGCUCUUUCUGGGAGGAUUGAUGCAGGGAAAUUUCUGGGAGGUCAAUUAUGUAACAUCCCAAGGUACUUCUGUGAAGGGAGGUAACUCAGAUCAGUGACCAUAUUUUUACAGAUCUACCUCUUUGCUGCACCAUCAUCUCUUUGUAUUGCUGUGGCUGAUAGAUGCAUUUCUGUUGCACAGCCAUAUAAGGUCACUUGUUUUCUGGCACACUAUUGUGCUUCUGUAUAGACUUGUGGGAUGACUUCCCUGCCAUUGUUGAUGAUCUUUUAUAUCCAUGGGAAGGAAACAUUUCCAUGCAGACAUAAUCACUUGUGAAACAACAGUGUGACCUCUGCAUGGUGUUUUGCCACACAGAAGCAUUUUAAUCUGCAGCCUCUCCACAACCACAAUAUAAUAGGCCAAUUUAGGAUUAUUCUCUUACUGGACCCAAGCACAGCCCUUGUCAGAAGGCCCACCAUCACAGUUAACCUACGAUCAGUCACAAAAUACCUCCCCAGUGAUACAUUAUUGCUUAUGUCCUAAAUUUAUGUUCUAAAUUUUCACACUAUUGACUAAAAGUUGGAUAAUUGGGGUGUGUGAGAGUGAAGUUAUUGUUUCGCAGCGUAGUUGAAAUUUUAUUUCAAAGGAUCUUUGCUUGUCAUUUCUUCUCUCCUCCAGUACCAUGGUUUAUAUUAGCAUAUCGUUCCUCUGGUUUGUAGAAACUAAGUUUUGGAAAUUAUUCAGUGUCCUGAUAUGCUAUAGCUUACAUAUUUGCUUUGCAUCAGGUGGCUAGAUUUUGAGCUCUGCUUUAAUCUGUGUUUUAGUUUUGAUGUAUGUAUCUCUGUGGAUGAGCACAUGAAAUAAAGGAUUCUUCUCCCA